GUGAUGCGGUGCUGUUGGGUCACUGAGCGACAGCCAUUGGUUGGGUGACUUGGCGCACUGCGAUUCGGUGACGGCACCGGCACUUGAGGGUUCUAUGAAUAUAUGAAUGAAUGCGUGGAGCGGAAUGGUUGGUCGCGUAGACGAUGCAGAUUGACGAGGAAGAAAAAGUACCGGGGAAGGAAGGAGCAAAUCAUCGAUCCUAACCUGACGACACGACACACUGAAAAAAAUCACCUCCCGGCAGAAAAGUAACAGCGACAAAAUUAGCGGAUAGCGGAUGAUGGCGUUUUGUUUUGGUUUUUUCUGUAUUCUUUGCUUUACUUCACUUCGUUCCGCCGUCGGUGAGAAAAGGGAUGAUGGGGACGAUGCAAAAGUCGCGGACGAAAAGGGACGGGACGGGCGGCUGUAUUAUGGAAACAUUUCACCUCGGUUUCUUGGUUGUAAUUGCGUCUGCUUUUCUGCUUCUGCUCUCUGCUAUGCGUUUGCGAUGGCGAUUGUGUUUGCGUUUCCUCUCCAUCCGGCGGCGAUGCGUCAAAAGUUUGUUUUUCCCCUUAGGUUGUUUUUCUCGCCAUCGCCUCCGCCCGUCGCGCUUCCCUCAUCUCUGACUUCGACCUCCACAUCGACGUCGGAGCGCGGAAAGAGCGAGAUGUUCAUGUGGUCUAUGAGCUGUUUUUCAUCGUUCGCGCAGACGUGGAUACGGAGCUUGUAAGUCGGACGUUUCAUCGGGCGGAUUUUCUCUGCCUUGUUUCUGCCUCCUCUUCCUCUCCACUUGCUCUUUUUCCACUCGUUUUUUCUCCUCGGUCGUUUCACCGGUGACACGGCGGGGCUGGCGCGGGAUGGUAUAUAUGUCCGAUCACGAAUCG